AUGGACGUAACGGACUCAUACUCGGAGGUCGAGUUGCCCAGCGACUUUUCCGUCAGAAAUGACCUGCUCAAGGUGAGAUUUAUCAUCUGCAAUGAAUGCGCAUGUGCCUGGCCUGCCUGCCUUUUCGCGCGGAGCACUCGAGCAUUUUCAUUUUUCUACAGGUCGCAAGAAGGCGCCCAUGAAAUAAAUUGUUUGCAAAAAGCUGUCAAAAGAGUGAGAGAGAUUGGCCGAUUUCGCGCGAGAUUCCACGAUAUCGGCGACCGGCGAACGCGUGCUUCGCAUCUUGGCAGCCGUCCAACUUUUCUCCCUCCUCCUCUCCGCUCCGUUGUUUUUGCCUCCUCAACUGCUGACCUUGCCGUCGUCGCACUGCUGCUUCAAAGAUUUAUAACUGGUGGCGCCAGCGGGCGAGUGUCGCAUUCAAAUUCCGCCGCCUUAUCGCCUGUUUUGAUCGCCGCAGCAAAUUGGAAACUGUGGUUUCGAAAUUGGAGGGGUGAAAGUGUAAGAAACUGGCAGGGAUGCAAAGUAUGAGAAGUAAUGGAAAGUGAACAGGGAACAGGGGGCUCACCAGAUCGGACAUCCUUAUUGGCAGAUUUAUGGAGUGCAAACGUUUCCUGGAUACGUGCGGGGUCCCGUCUUGUUUGCUCGGGGUCUAUUACCCUUUCUCGCCUUCUUUUUGUCCCCCCCCAACCUAAAAAGACAUUGGAUUGUUCCUCCCGCACAAUACGGUCCAUUCUCACCGUACAACUUUAUUUGGCAAAAGCUGUGAGUAAGUGAAUAGGUGACUGACUGCCCUUUCGCGCUAAGUGUUUCCCGAGGUGCGCAUCUCGGCAGUGAAGAGCAACUCGUUCGAGUGCGAGAACACUGCUCUUGGAACCGCCGUACUCUCCACGCACAUCAUACCGAACAUGGCGCCCCGCCUUUUGAUGAUUCCUAAUUGAGUGCUGACUUCCUGAAUCGAUUAUCGUCUCUGUCAGGUUUAGUUUUCAUUUUAUGGUCUUUCCGGAAGGUCGAGAAAUCGUAAAUUGAGUCCGCCGAAUUGAAUGCCAAAAUACUUUUGCCGUUUUUACAGUCGCACUGGAAGCGGGUGAUCGUUAAAACGGCGUCCCUUCGGGUUCGGGGUCACUUCUCCUCUUCCUCCAAUUCGUUUUUUUCUGGGAUUAUCUUUGUGCGCCUAAAAAGUUGCAGCUGUGUGCGCGGGCGCCUGUGUACCACCCUUUCGGCCUUUUCCAUCUCAUUGUCUUGCAGGUCAUCGAAUCGUCGGGCGAGGAAGUGGACAGAUUCCUCGAGAACUGCUCCUCCCUCUACAAUCUCAUCCUCGACUCGUUGCACAAUCUCACCUCAAAGGUAAGUCAUACUUCAAUUGAUUUUUCCCCGAGACACAACUUUCAAAGGCUCGGUUGCCAUGGUCGGUGGUCAAUCAAUUAGGUACUCGUUUAGACCGCCUUCCCCUCUGUUUUCGUUUUCCCACCACUAUUGCCACUUUGAUUAAUUCUCCAUUUGCUCCGCGAGCUCUGGCGACAGCACCGCCAGAUACUGCUCAAGCAGCAGUUGUCACCGAUUGACGAGAGAGAGAUUGUAUCGGGGUCAUCCAUUAUCAAAAAGAGAAGAAGCGUCUGAAUGAGUGUGCUACGAAAAUAUUACGACUGAUUAGUGACGGCUAACAUUGACAAGCCCAGCUCGGACAUUGGCUCAAAAAAACUCCAUUCUUUCCGCAGAACAUAAUCAGAAUCUGACGCCCUCACAUUGCAUAACAUUUUCUUUUGAAAGCAGUAAUAUUAACACUUCGGUGGAGCUUCGCUGACCUGUUUGUGAUAUCUUUUUUGUGAGAUAUUGGAUGACCAUUGCAUCCUUCUCCGUCUCUUCAUCUCGUGUGAUGUCUCCUCGGUGUUGUGGCCAUUGUCGUGGUACGAGAGUGUUGAGUUUGGAAGGGUUGAAGGUCUCCCAUAAAUCAAAUGUAGUCGGAUUGUGCAACUUCGUAGCUCCUCCGCCACCCAAUGCCCUCAUUUUUACUCAUUUUGCGAGAUUGGUUCGGCUGAUAAAUUUUGCACCAUUCAAUUAGUUUCCCAAAUAAUAUCGAAUGUCAGGAAAGUGAACCGAUUGUGUGCGCGAGCCGUUCGGAAUGAAAUUAGAGACGGAUGGGAAGCGCGUCGCCGUUUUGCUUUGUAUCAGUAAUUGUUACGAACACUUUGGGGUUUGUGUGCCCGAGAGUUCGAGUUAGGUUUGAGGGACCAAAGAGUCGUUUUCAUGGGAAGCUGUCGGCGGUCGGUUCCCAGUGGACCCUUCCAGUUGCGUGAUUGACCAGUGUUUGUUAAGACGAGGAUGCCACAUUGGCAAGCCGUCUCCUUAUUCGAACGACCUCCUCGGAGUGUAACAUAAUCCCGGGCAGACAGAUUGAGACCAUUUGUUUCCCGGUUUAGGAGCGGGCAAGGCUACUUAUUCGUUUCUUCUUCACAUUCCGUCUCGAUUCGUUCACUUUGUCUUGGGUUGGGAUCAAAAUCAUCGUGAGGCUUAGGCGGAGAAGGCUUGCGCUCGCAUUUAUUGCACAACAACAGAAACGAUACGCGCGUGAAGAAGCGACAGUAGUAGAAGACGGUCUGUGUCGUGUUUGCGGAUUGUUAGUUAUACCGUCGAGCAUGCUCAGCGACAGGAGCACAAGCGGCGAGGGAGACGGGAGGAGGUAGUAUACUUCACGCACCCGAUACUCUUGCCCACUCGACACACAGCACUUCUCUUCGGUAAGGUUCGAGCGUGUGCAACAGACUGAAAGUGUUCUUGCGCUUCCGACAACAAACACUCUGUUUUUUGUGUCUUCUCUGAAAAUUCUGAAAGUUUGCUCAUCUGGCUGGCCUACUCGUUCUUUUUAUGACACUUUCUGUUGAUGUUUUGGCGAGGAGGCGAGACGUCUCCGAUUUUAGUGCCUCCACACGCCACGUUGUUGCUCCUCUUCCGACGUUCCUCUAUUUCACUCGGUUGCUGCAUUCCGUCGUCGCCAUUAUCUGGACGACAAACCAAUCUUCUCGGACGUCUGUCAGUAGUCCACUCGAGCACAUCCUCCCUAAUCUAAAUUAAUGAGAUUCGGAGGGUGUAAUAAAAAUAAUGAGCUCUUUAUCGAUAUGCCAAAUUGUUGGCACCACUUUCCGACGUGGUUCUAUCUCUUUCUUCUCUCUUUCUCCGUCGCCGAAACCGCUGCUUUUCGACCCUCCAGGCGUUGCAAUUCCAAUUCUUUUGAGAAAUCGGAAAGAAACAUGUCACAUUAGGUAUUCAUUAGCAGCGACGAUACGCAGUCCGUGUGACAGAGCUGACAAUAUGCAUCGUAUCAACGAACGGACACAAGAGAAGGAGACAUUGUUUCGUUAAAAUGACUCAUUUCCCCCAAGCCCGGCGGUACUGUUCCUGCCAGCCACGCAUUCAUCGCUUAUUGGCUUAUUAUGUCGGCUGUUAUCAGUCUGCAAACAGGCGCAUCUUCUCUAUGAACUUGUGUCCGGUGCCAUUCUUUUCCUUUCGCAGAACGAACCCAUCCGUUUCUGCGUGGUCGCCCUUCCCAUUCAUUUGUCCAGUUUAGCAGACGGAUGGACGAGUUUUUAGUGUGGUAUGAUGAGAUUCGGCACAUCUGGAGCUGCUCGACCACCACCACUACCCCUUGCUGCGCGGACAUUGCACCGGUCCGUCGUGUGGGUUAAUAGCCCGUCUCUGACAACACAUGUGCACUUGCGCGAGGGCACAUUCGGGCCCCCCAGUCACACUGUUUCUUUCCUCGUAGUUUUGAUGAGAGCACACCAUCAUUUGUUGUCCGCCCCGGCGAUGGGCUUUACCUCUCUCUUCUUCGUUUGCGUAAAUAAACAAAACUUGCAAAUCCGACAGGCCGUCCUCUUUUCCGGCUAUCGUCUCGUUUUCUUUUGAAUGCCAAUGCAUAUAAUGUGAUUAUAGGCGAGAAUGUAAUGGUCGGUUUGUUCUGCAAACUUUACCUAAGUUCAACUUUUACCUUUUCGGAAUCAAUAAAUUUAUAUUUGUGAUCCGGGAACAGCUGACCCGAUGCAUUUCUCGCAUUCCAUGUCUGUUUGGGUAGUAUUACGCCAUAUUGGCUACCAUUCGGGACCAGAAAUGCAUCUAAUUUCGUGGAGUCAAGAUCGUCAGUUUCUUCUUCUUCCUUUUCUUUAUUUUCUUCUUGAGACCCAAAUGAUGAACAUUUUCCCAAAAGAUCAGAUAAGUGCGUAAUUCCGUUUUUUUUUAAAUUAUAUUUGUCGAUCACUCACUCCAACGAUUCAGUUUCUCAGUUUUUUCACACUAAUCGAAUUAGUGAUUUGGGUUGAUCUAGAUCCGCUUGUCAAUCAGAGUGGGGAGCCCGGGUAGUGCACUGAUAGCCAUCACUGUCAUGAUCAUCGUUACGGGCUGCCUCCCGAUGCGAGAACGUCUUCAUUGGUCAUCAAUCGUCGAGAUUAUAUUCGGCAUCCUUCGCGGUCCUUUCCUUCCUCUUCUUUCUCCGUUCAUCUGAAGAUGGACAGAGACGAUAAAAUGAGGAGUGAAAGCUCAUUAGGUAUUAUGCAUUAUUGGUGGUGGGAACUAAGAUGAGCCCCCGUUCCGUUAUGUUCCUUCCCUCUCGCGGAUUAAUUAAGAGCACAAAAGGAGUAUGUGUGAAGAGGACCUCUCGAGCAAUUGGGAGGUCGUUUGAAGUUCUCCCACUCCGCUCUUUCCGACCGCUUCUUAAGCUUUCUUCUGUCUUUUUCUACCGCCUUCCGCCCGCUUCCGACCGAUUCUCUAUACUUGGAUGACCAGAUUUGAAUGAAUUCGCACCUUCAACCGACCGAUUCGAUUUCUUUUUAAUCCUUAAUCCUACUUUGCAACUCUCCCUGUCCUUCUUCCCAUUUACCAUUCUUUGAAUUUCAGACAAUAUCAUGCGAAUUUCUCGACGAAAUGACAUCAUCACUUGAAAAGUCGGCCAAAAAGAUCCUGGCCGAACGGCCUGAGGCCGAGAAUUCGGUAAGACUCACUUGCACAUUCACACUUUUACUAAUAUUGUUGGUUUAGGUCCUGCUUCGGCUUAACACGAUAUGCUGUGCCAUGGAACAACUUCGCGUGCAGAACAAUGCGAAACUGAUGAGUGGCGCCGAGUCGGACACCUCCAGUAAGUCCCUUUUUGCAAGCGGGCGCACCUUUGUUAAGUCAGGUGUCCGGAGGGCCACUUUUUGCGCGUUCCGAAUAUGCCGACCGCCCGUUUUUUUUUGCCGUCACUCUUCUCUAGUCCGCACACUUCCGGUCGUUUUUCAGGUUCGGCGCGAAGUUCCACGUCAUCGUCAACGGGCGAAAUGCGAUCAUGGCUGCAUGAGGUGGAACGAAGACUCGAAAUCAACGAGAAACGGAUUCGAGUGGAGCCAAAUUUGGCCAAGUUGCUCAGCGAUCAACAGGUCAGUUAUCUAUCGAAGUCUUGAAAUUGUGAGAGGAACUAUCGUGCAUCCUAUAAUCGAGGGACAUAUCGAACUGCGACUUGGAAAAAUCAAAAACUCUAUUCCAAAGAAAUUCAACAUUACGUAGUACGGUACAAGACAGUUAUUAUAUAGUUUAAAAAUCAGUUGGUUCCCCUAUAUUAGAGAUUUCAUUGAAUCCAGCGCAAAUGAGAAGAACAUAUAAUUCUAGUCGGUUGUACUGACUCUCAAUUCCAUCGUUUUUAUUAAGUUCCAAAUUAGUGCUGGAUGUUCUCAAAAUAGAAAGUUGAAAAAAGUGUACAAUAGCUUCUCUAUUUCAACGUCCCCUCCGGAAGUCGCCUACUUUUUGUUCUCCUGUCGCUUCCCGUGUUAGCCUCCUCCUCCCCAUGCUGUCCAUAGUAGUUGUUGAAUAAUUUUACGAGAAUUCUUCUCAUUGUCAAUUCUUUUUCCGCCGCCCAUCAAUUCUACAUCCGAGUGACCAGUUGCUCUUUCUUUCCCCCCUCUCGCGUCCAUUUCGGGAUGACGGAUUGCCGACACUAGACGGGCGGUCCACUUUGACAUCCAUGAGAACCUCUUCUCUUUUCGGCUUGCUCCUCUUUGGCUCCUCGAAUAUUCAGUGGAAGAAGGACGCGGCGGCGGUCGCAGGUGCGGAAGAAGAGCGGUGCCGUCCGUCCAUCGCGUGUCGCUCAGCCAUUCCACGCACUUUUGUCUUGGUUACUCUCGACCUCCAUCUCAUUCUCAUUCUUUCUUCCGUCAAACCCUACCACCUAACAAUUAACACUUUUUCCUUGGUCGCUCUUUCAUUUUCCGCGCACCGCUUCGUCGUCCGGUUCCCUUCCCGCACUCAAAUCUCGACUACCGUGCAUAUCACAUUUCCUCGUUCUUUCUGGCUGUCCUAGUAGUUGUAGUUGUUCUCGUUCUCUCUUACCGCAGCGCGCGUAUCUUGUAGAUAUCUCGAUAUACAAUAAUAAUGUUUAUAUAUCAAUCAAAUAAUCUCAACGAAUCUGCGUGCCCGCGAAUCCCGUGCUCUCCGUCGCCGUAUUUGUAUACAGAAAGUGUGCGUGAGUGAGGGUGGCAGCUCAGUUGUACGGUGCACCCCCAGAACUCAUUUCUCCACUUAUUCUCGAUUCGGUUGACUUACACGCAUUUCUAGACAGAGAACGAUUUACGGCUUUCCUAGCUUGCAAGAAGUUUAUGUCAAACUUUUAAACCCCCUUACUUUCUCUUGCUUGGCUCCGAAAUCGUAUAAAAACCGACUGCGCCCCUUGCUCUCUCUUCCUCUUUGCGACUCAAUUUCGCUCCGCGCGAGCAUUGCUCUUUUCAUCCGAUUGUCGCAAGGUGAAAACGAUCUUUAUUUCGGCCGUCUUGUUUCCUCAUUGUUUCCUUUCCUCUCCUGCCGACUUGUUGGCGGCCUCUGCCGGAUUGUGUAAUUCAUCUGACAACGGCAGCAGCGGGGAUCGUAUUAUUUCUUCGCCUCCUCCUUCUCCUUCUUCUUCUUCUUCCGUAUUACACGAUAGAGACAAGAACACAGACGAUGCGCACUGUUUAUUUUUGGAAUUAUAUAAUCGACCGCCCCCACUUCUUAUUCUUCCAAAUUGUCUUGUUGUUUUCGCCUAGUUCAAAAGCUUCCAAUUCAAAAAGACCCAACUUUAACAUGGUGUGCUGGCAUGGUAGUUUUAGAAAGAUCCUAGUUGAAAUUCUACUCUGAAUUCUACCGACAUCCAUAGUGCUUCCUGAAUUGCUUCCCAAUCAUAAUUUUUCCGCGUCCACGGUUCUAUUUGUAUUCGAAAUGUCGUCUUUUCUUCCACUCACCACUGACCGCAGUUCUUCGCCGUUUCGCACUUUUUAGUGUCGCCCGUCACCUCGUUUCUUUUGUUGCUUCGUAUUCAGACGGACCUCUUGCACGCGUUCAUCUAUCGGUUUCCCCCACGGUGGGCCGUUCCGUUCUCCGAUCAUCAUUUUUUUAUUACCCCAGUCUCCGGUGACCAAACACUUUUGUCCGUUUCCCCUCUAUCUCUUCGGAUUAUCCGCAAUCUGUCUUGUAGUACUGUGACUCUACGCCGUCAAAACCGGUAGCUUGAACUGCAAAUUAUGAGCACUCGAAAAAGUGUUCGGAUAGCACUCGAGUGUUCUUUUCGCUUUCCUUCUCGCCGCCGUCGCCACCACUGGCUGAUCACCCCCUUCGGUUCUAUCGUUUUCUCGUUUUACUGCUCCAUCGACGCCUUCUUGGCCGUUUUCUUUUACAAUUAGCUGUCUUCCGAAUAUCCGGUUCAUCGGCGUCGUCUUCUUUUCUCAUUUUCGUCGUUCUCCUUGCAUCUAUACCGACCGACACUCUCAAAUUCGAAUCACUUUGUUUAGCGCCAACUGUCUCCAUUUCUCUGCCGACUCUCUGCUGCCGUUCUCCACUUCAAUUGCACUUCUCCGCUCAUUCUCACAUACCUUGAUUCCUUAUCAGUUACGACGCUAGCGGCACAGAACGCUUCUUUCUGUGUCGAUUUAGCAUCUAUAGUUUAGCUUAGUGGCAUGUUUUCCAAAAUAAACAUUCUCCCACUGGUUUCUCAGUCUUCUGUAUUUCCGACUAUAGUCUUCUUUCCUUUCCGUCGUUCAUUUUCCUCUCGAAUUACCGUGAAUACUCAACCUCAAGACGACCUCGUUUUCUGCCCAUUUCAUCCCCAAUUUUCACCUCCAUAUUUCAAACCAUUUGAUGUUCGCUUCGACAACUUUUACCUUGAAAUCUGCGCGAAAUGUGUGUGUCUGUGGGGGGUGGCCAAUUACAAGCCUGUCCUGUCGCCCCGGGAAUUCGACGAUCGAUCGUGCACGACCUCCCUGUUUUUAAUCCAAUUAGUGCUACAACUUGCGAAACUAACUUUUUUUUUCAUUUCAGGCUCUUCAACUCGAAAUACAGCACGAAGGUCAACUUCUAGUCAACCGGCUCAACAAACAACUAAAGUGAGUAUUCUAAUGAAAGUGUGAAAAGAGUCCGAUAGGAUCUUUUUUAAUUUGAUUAGUUUGUUCGUUUACAGAGAAGACAACGACGUCGAUUCAACAGAAGAGGAGAGGCGGAAGACGUGCGUAGAUGCGAUUCGGAAGAAGUGGCACACCAUCUACCUGAACAGUCUCUCGCUCGUUUGCCGCAUCGAAGAGCUCAUCAACCAUAAGGUGAGAGACACUUCCUUCUUUUCAAGUUUUCCACUAGUUUCUCUUCAUUAUUCUCCAUCUAACUCGGAAUCAAAUGGGUUGGGCGGUUCGUCGACCCUUUCUGAUGCUGGGCGUCACCCUACGGCCUCUCGUUUUUCUCGUUCUCCCAAAUGGGUUCCAUUAUGAUUUCUCCGUCAGGUGUAGCAAAUUGACUCCUCCAGUCUCGUUCUGUUGUUCUCAUCCAGCUUCUUUUUGUGUUCCUCCUUCGCCCCGUUUGUUAUUGUUUGUACACAUUUUGAUGAGUUGCACGGAAGCUGUUUGACAGCUCGAUCACUUUCGAUGCGUUCCCAGCAGCCCAUUUCCUCGAAUCGUACUGUCAGUUACCACCGUUUCCUUCCUUUGUGUCCUUCGUCCGCCGAUCCAUGAAAUUCACAAUAGUGUGUGCUGUUUUUUGAAUGGGUUUAGAAAAUGAUACACUUUAUUCCGUUUUCCAAAACGAAAACGGCUAGGCACUUUUCCGAUUGUGUCCGUACACCCGCCGACGGUUUUGCCCGUUUCACUCAUCGAAUUAUGCAAAUUGACUGAUUUUUUUGUAUGACUCGUAGUUGUAGAGUAGUCCAUUCCCGCCAAUUUCUAUCUACAUCGGCUGCCACUUCACAUCAGUUUUGCCACGUGUCAUCAGCCUGAGAAAUUGAUACGCUCGGUGUUGUAAGGAGGGCGGAAGAGCACCUCACUCUCGCUUUUCCGCUCAUUUUCAUUCCGCUAUCUUAUUCGACAUUUGAAUUCGGUGCCAACAGCUGCGUUUAGGACUCAUCCGUCCCGGGAGCCCUCGCUGCCAUUCAUCUCGUUAUUAUUCGCACUUUUUGUCACUCAUUAUUAUAUACCUCCGAGCCGCGCCUCAUCGUCCUCCACACCCAACCCAGUUCUCGUCGUAAUCCCGUGCCACACAGGUGCUGCCUCUCCCGUCCUUUCCUCGUUUUCUUCGACCUCUCCCUCCUGGAGAAGCAUUUUCCAGAAUGCACCUGUAGGCAGAGCUCUUGUGCCUAAUUACGGGGUUACCUCCUCAAUUGGGUAUGAAUUAAUCGCGCCCAAAUGAACUCAAGCGACCGCAACGAUACCGCUCUCCGUUUGUUUAUCGAAACGCACGACAUUCGCAUCUUUCUGGCAGUUCCUGGCAGAUAUUAGAGCUGCCGCCGCCGCAGUUCACCACUCGCGCAUUCUCCUUCUGAAGGUUUCCUUUUGCAAUCAUAAUAAUUAUUACUAUCCGCGAAACUAUUAUGGAAUUGUUAAUUGUGUCAGGUCGUAAUGGUUUCUAUGGCACACAGAAUAGUUUAUUAGACCCUGGGGGCGGGAGAGAGACGGGCGGCCACGGGUGGCCAAUCAAAUGGCGAUAAAUCUUGCGGAACAAGAGCCGCCGAAUCAUUUUAUCAUUUCGUGUCCGUGUAAUUAGGCUUGAUGGUCCGAGUUGUGUAACCGAGUGUAAGAGCGGCGGCGAAGGUUGUGGUGGCGGCCGCUCGUAUUCGUGUUUGCAUGCGGAUUCGCCGCCCGUCACUUACUUCACAUGUUCUCCCCGUUUUGGGUUUUUGGUUUCAAAGCGAACGAACUUCAUUCAUUAGUUCGAUGAACUCGCUCGCUUCCAUAAAUGUUCCCACACUACAACUUGCAACUAUAGCCUAGAACUAUAGCCUAGCCUGGGCUCUUGUAGGAAUUAUUCUGGCAUUCUCUACCUCCCGAUCUCCAUUGUUCCGCUCUUUCCCGCUUAACUUUUUCUAUCAGUCGAGUGAUGUGUGCUCCGCUGAACAAUCGAACUGAACACAAAUCGACGCCACCUUUACAAAAGGUGAAUAGUUGGGCAUUGGAGGGACUGUCCCUCAGAGACAUAUGUCCGUGUUUGGCGCUGAUUCACCCACCGAUCAAACAAGGCCUCUGCUCUCGCCUCCCUGUCUUCAAACGAUCAUUCUAUUUCUUUGUCGACACUUGGCCCAACUUGUACCUUUUGGUUAAUUUCUACUGAUCCCCCAACAAGUUUUGUUGUCUAUUUGUUUUUGUUUCAACCGUUUUCUCUCUUUUUCGUCAUUCUCUCUUUUCUUUGCUGUUUGCGCCUAGCAUUAACUGUCUUUUUUGCAUACGUUUCGGCUUACUACAAGAAAAGAGGGUAUCGAGUACAAGGUGUCUUCGAUAGGUUGACUGCGGUUUCUAGUUUUUCCCAUUCCUUAGAGUCUUUCUCCUCAACUUUCUGACUUGUACUUCGCCUGAUUUUUGAAUAUCCCUACACAUCGCCAAGUGAAAUCUCGCACUUCAAAAGUACAUUAGCCGGGUCGGUAUAGUUUGCACAGUUGCAUGAAUCUAUGACACGCAAAUAGUAUCGUGACACACAUUUGCGCAUAUGGGCUUCGUCUAUAUUCGUGUGUUUGUUCGGAAGUGCAUAGGUACAAUUACCUAUGCAUGCGCCUCCAUCCGCGCAUCUUCUCACGCCACUCAAUCUCCCCUUUCACCCAUUUCCCCUUAUAUUUUUGAAUCGUUUCAGCAAGCAUCAGACGAUUCGGAGAGUGAUACGGAUCUCGUCGGACCACCGAUCAAGCGCGCUCGCACACGAACGGGGGAUCUGACAGCGUCGGACACCGAAGAUUCGGACGUCGACGACGAACGGCACAGUCACACGGAGACGAUAGUGACCGACGAGGACAACGUGCUUCCGUUUGCUGAAAGCGAGUACGAGAGCAUCAUGGAUGGCAGGUGAGGAACUGUUCACGUGUGAGGGCUAUUAGAGAAGCUUCUUCCAUCGUUCCUUAUACAGCUAUUCAGAAACCAUUUAAUGGCUUUGUGUCAGGUGGCUAGGAUUAUCCCGUUCGUUCCGCGCACAAAAUGAAUGUGUUUCUUUCGGGUAGCCCUCCGGUCUCAUAAAUUAUCUGCCCGCUUUGCAUUCGCUUUCCUGCUUUCUUCCUCCCUUCUUCUUUCUCUUUAUUCUUCCUAUCCAAAAAUUCUCGAUCUGUUCCAGAAUCACUGUCGAUUCGUGCACCUCCUCUUCCGAAGACCAAAUGGGCGUCGAGCAGUCGAGCAAGAAGUGGGACAGUGUACAACAGGAUGUUGGCUAUUCGAGCGGAGAAAAUUCGAUUCACGAGGCGUUGAACACGUGCGCCGAUCACUUGUAAGUGACCUCGAAAGUAUGGAACAUUCAGAGCACAUGCCGACAUUGACGAAAUGCGCGCAAAGGCGCGCCGAAAAGACGGCAUCUGUUCUGGCGGCUAGGACCGUUUAGCGCUUUCUCGCAACAUGUGCGCGUUUUUAUGAUGAAAAGGGGGCGGAGCGGAUCCGUUGCGGUCAGUAGUUUGUUAGUCGAGUUAGUAUUUGGCGAGAUAGCCAACUGAUUCAAAGAAGAUGCUCAGCAAGUUUCACAAGUGAGUCCCCCCACCUUGCCCUCCCCGCUUGCUUUCCGAGGCAGAAGCGUAUUGUAUCUACGCAGAUACAUGACCUAAUUGGAGUGGUUUGCUAACACCUUUCUAGAUAAAUGACUUGCGCGGGGCAUAAAUCAGUGGACAAGCAACACGGGACGACGCAGCCUUGAAAGUGAUGAGUGGCUCUGCGAGUGAUGAUACGUGAUACCCUACCCUCCGCGCGUACUCUUCAUAUCUUGGUGUGCCGCCAAACAAACGCCCCUCGCUUCGUUUCUUUCUUGUCCGUUGCUUCCCGACAACUUUGAGAUUUAUUAGUUUCGGGUUACGCGUGUUGGACUCAUCUCGCCUCAGGGACCUCUGCCCCCUUUUCGUGCACUUUUCCAGCUAUCAUUCCCGUUUCUGGUGUUUAUUCGAAAGACACUUGAUACUCUUUUUCACUCGGCUGCAGAAUCAAAUUGUUUGUUUUUUCAGGCUGCCAGAGACCAGUGAUAUGCGUCGGAAACGUAUCGAAUGCUCUCCGGUGAAGGCAUUCUAUCGCACUGUUCAACUGGAAGACAUGUCCGAUUUGGAAGUAACGAAGGCGAUUAACCACGACGUCGAUGAGGAUCCGAAUCUGUCCGAUUCCAUGUAUGUCAACCACGAUUCGACGUUCCUGGCCACACAGAAUCUGCCCGAAUACGGUAAGUUGUAGAUUCAUCCACUUUUUUCCUCAUUCUCGCUCUCCAGAUGAAGUGAUGGCUCUGAUGGACUGUGAAGAUCUGCCAAUGGACAUGUCGAUGACAGAAUCGUUCAACACGAAAUGGCGCGAGAUUCACGGACAGAAGAAGCCACUGCGUCGGGCAUCUCGACCGAGCCGCGAACAAAUGGACAUCAUUGCCAAGGUUAUCUCAUUUGCAAUUUGUUUUACUGUGUGUGACGGAAUGACGGAUGGACGGACCGGUGGCGGAGUGAUUGAUAGCGGGGCGAGGUGUGCGGGAUCGCGCGGCCACCGAAGAACAGACUCACUUCUCGUAUUCACGACAUGCUGACUGUUAUUCCGGAGCAGCAGGUGCGGAUGAACGCUUUGCGCGAAAAUAGUCAUAAAUCGGCGGUGGCUGAUCGUAAAACCGAUCGAGGAGCAUCCCAGUCACAGAUAAAAUUACCGAUCAAUGAUUUAUUACAGAGCUCGUGCGAUGCUUCAUCGGAAGACUCGUCUGAAGGAGAAAGCCCGUCACAGCUGGAGGAGGACACCGAAAUGAUGAGUGUGUAAGUACCCGUGGCAAAGGGAACAGGUUUCGAUUCCACCAAGUUUCAGCUCGUUCAACUCGGCUUCGUUCGAUCAUUCGUCCCCUUUGAAACGUCAAAGGUCCGGACGUGGACUCAAAAACGCCAGUUUCCUUUACGACAGUCUCGAGAUGGACGGAUCGUUCUGCUCGACUCGCUCCGAAAUGUUGCCCCCCUGCAAGAGCCGUUCGUUGGCGAGAAGGAAGUUGCGAGUGCGCAGAAUGCCACGCAGCAUGAGCGACGGCGAGCAGCUCGGUGUCACGAGCAGCAAGCCGGAAGGACUUCUGACUCCAAUGAUCCGCGUCUCGCCGCCUUCCACUCCAGUCACUCGUCUUCUUCGUAAACUCGACGCUCAGAUCAGAAACAACAUGGACAGCGACACGGCUCCAGAGCACAGCGACGCGGCGCAAGCAUACGAAUGGGACGAGUACAAUGUGAGUGCAAAACGAUGUUGGGAAAAGGGAAAAAGAGAAUGGAAACGUUUUUAAUCUGCGAAUGUUCCCACAUUCACACGUUUGUGAUAACGCUGAUUGACACUCGGCGCGACACGAUUCUCGUCAAUUCGGUCUUCUGUGAUUUUGAUAUUAGUCGACAACUAGCAUCCUUUUUGUCGUUUUCUCUCAUCUCCUUUGGCAACCACUACGCUGAAGAAAGGGCGACUUUUGGCAACACACUUUGAAAUGUUUCUAUUGACAAUUUCUUUCCUUUUGUGUGCUUAAAAGAUGAGUAUGUUUUGUGCAUUUGCGCUAAAACAGACAAACAGGCGAAUAGUUUUAUGCAUUUUUUGAAAUUCGUCCCCGAGAGUCUGAGAACGGAGGCGGCGGCGGUUCCAAUGCGCACUGAGAACUGGAUCAUCGCUGCGACGAAGAAAAAAGACAAACGCGCGAGAAAUGAUAGAGUGACCGAACGUUUUCCCCUACCACUUUCUCUCCUUUUACUGCUUUCUUUCUCUGCUCGUUCGUCUAAUCCGCGAAAGCCUCGAGAGACUCUCCUUGUGCAAUAAUCUGUUUUCGUGGCGUUGCGUGCACUGACCCGUACUCAUCCGGCGUUGCUUCUGCUCUAAUUGAAGGUGAGGAGGUCGCAUUGGGCCAAUAUCCGACCAUCCAGGCAGCCAGGUGGUGAAACAGACGUUACCGCUCCCUGCACGCGCGCGCAGCACCUCCCCCAUUCAGGAACACAUGCAUAAUAAUAAGCGUAGUGCAUUGCGUUCACCUCGUAAACAUUAUUGCCGCAUAUGCUUCCCCGAAUGAAACCCAAAACUGUCAAACUGCUGGGUGUCGCCCUUCCAUGUAUUAGAAAACAUUCCUCUUUCACGAGCACGGUAUUCAUUCAGUAUCUCAGUUCACUCUCCUUUACUCUCCCAUUUUCAGCCGCCUCAAAAGGACGACUCGGUUGCCGAUCGUCACACUCCGAUCAUGGCUGAAAUCUCAAGCCAACUGCUGAACAUCGACGACGACUUCGCUGAGCACUUCGGAGGAUCGAGUGCGAUUCGGCUCAUAGAAGAGAGCAAGUCUCACUUGAGAGUGGUUCAGAAGCGUUGGAGGAGAGCCACACGGACACACCGCAGCUCUCGAACUUUGAACUGAUCGCGCGUUCCAAUCUCCGCCAGGUCGACGAGGCACUCCGGAAGCAGGCGGGAUAUCAGCCGUCCUUCCUCGAGACAAGCACCCUCCAAGAUUUGCGCGCCGAGUGGGCACAGUUAUACGACUCGAUUCGCAGUCCGUUCGUCAGAAUUAUGCAUCAAGUGAAGAAGUUCGCUUGCACUCUCCAGGAAGUCUCUUCGAUGGCUUCUCUAGGAGACGUCGUUGAUAUUCGUUCGAAAGAAGACGUGACAAAGGCGUUGGACGCGGUGACGGCCAUCGAACGAAGACUGAGCUGUGAGCGGCAAGAAUUGCGGUGAGUCAGCCACGGGGAAUUCAAUUGUUAGCUUCAGGCUCCUCCUUUCUGUAUUGUCCCAGACGAUGUGCAAAUUCAUUGCAUCUCGCUUAUACAAAUUUAUAAUAUUGUUUCACUUCCAGAGAUCUGGUUGCUUCCCCAACUUUCCGUGAAGUUGCCGACGAUCUAUCGUGCGAGUUCGACACCGUUUCGGAGGGGUACGACGACGCCGUCGAUCGAAUCGGAAAGAUGGCUCGCUCGUUGUCUCAAGUGAAAGGAGAGUGGGAGGCGUGGAACAACAGACAGAAUGACAUCCGCAGCGCCAUGGUUCGUAUCGAAUCGCAUCUGAAAGAGGGACAGUCGGACAACAAAAUCAUCGCCGACGAGAUGGAGUUGUGUCAGGAGAGGAUGAACAGCCUCGAGACGAUGUGCAAUUAUCUGACGGCAUCAUUGUCUGGCUUGCAAAACGAAUCGAACGCGAAGAGUAUUCCUGACUUCAAGGCCGAGUUGUCCAUCUACAGUAAUGCGCUGGCAAGGUUGAAGGACAGGUAAGACGCCCGAUGUGAGAAAGAGGAAAGCAUCAGAAACAUUUCAGAUUCAAUGAUAUGGUCCGUGUGCCAACGCCUCCAGCGAUGCAAGUUCAUCCGCCAGAGCCACGCCCAUCAAAGGCUAAAAGUAUGACGACGCAGACGAUGGAUAUGGGAUCAGAAAUGGAAGAGAGCACUCUGACCGUCUCCGAAGCUAUUUCCUCGUCCCGUCUCAUCAAGUUCACAUUCGCCCUUUCGCUGCUCUCCGCACUCGCCGCCAUCUUCUACUAUCACGUGUUCGGAAAGCCGUUCGGUCCCCAUCUCACCUACGUGAACGGACCACCGCCAGUCUAA